GUUAAGUAGAUAAACAACUUCGAAAUAAUUCGUUUCAUACUCCAAGUUUUUAAACGUAAAUUGUGUAAAAUUUAAUUUUAGCAGCUGUAAUAUUUAAUAAAAUCAUUAAAAUUUUUUUGAAAAUUAGUUUGGAAAAUUUUUUAAUCAAAAAGUGACGGAAAAUUAAAAUGAAGAUUGGAUACUUUCUAAUGAUUUUUGUCCUUCUAUUGGCUAUUAAUGUGAUUGCAGGUCAGACUGUUCUAAGAGUCGUUCCUGAAACAGCCCUUGAUCGAUUGGUUAUCAAAGAAACAAAAAAAGGCAUGAAAAGUUCUAAAGAAGAUGAUGAAGAUGGUGAUGAUAAAGGCGAUGAUGAUAAAGAUGACGAUGAUAAAGAUGACGAUGAUAAAGAUGACGAUGAUAAAGAUGAUGAUGAUAAAGCUGAUGAUGAUAAAGAUGAUGAUGAUAGUAAGGAUGACGAUGAUGAAGAUGAUAGUGAGGAUGACUAGUAAUUAGCAAAAACUGAAAUUUACAGCAACAUGAAUUUAAAAAUUUAACUAUUGGCUGUCAAUUACACAUGCAAUAAUAAAAUUAAGAAGGACUGAUAGAUAGUUUAAUAA